UCGCUCUCUCCAGCGCACUUGGCGAGCUGAAGAGGUGAGAGGGAUACUGCGAGAGGGCUCGGGGCGGCCAGUCCGGGGCUGCCGGCCAAGGCUAGGCGCUGCCAGCCCGAUUCUCCUCUGCUUUCCACCCCCGCCUCACCCAGUGGCCGGCCGGACCUGCACCCCGCGCUUGCCCCCGCUCAUCCUCCCCCCGCCCGGCCAGGCGCGCUCCUCCCCGGCCGGCCCCUCGGCGCGCGGCGCGCUGGAGGCGAACGCGGGCUGAGGGGAGCGCAGUGGCCGCAGACCACCGAGCGCCCCGCGCCGCUCCCUGCAUGUGCGGCCCGCGGCGGCUCGCAGUCCCCGGCAGCAGCCUCGGCAGCUUCGGCCGCGCCUCGAGAGGCGGCCGCAGCGGCUCCAGCGGCGGCCAAGCGGCCGAGCUCGGGCUGGGAGACACCAUGCGCCGCGUCCUCCGGCUGCUCCUCGGUUGCUUCCUCACCGAGCUGUGCGCCCGCGUGUGCCGGGCGCAGGAGCGAGCGGGGCACGGGCAGCUGGCGCAACUGGGCGGCGUGUUGCUGCUGGCGGGGGGCAACCGCUCCGGGGCCGCCUCCGGAGAGGCCAGCGAGGGCGCCGAGGCAUCGGACGCGCCCCCGACCCGGGCGCCCACGCCAGACUUCUGCCGGGGCUACUUCGAUGUCAUGGGCCAGUGGGACCCGCCGUUCAACUGCAGCUCGGGCGACUUCAUCUUCUGCUGCGGGACUUGUGGCUUCCGGUUCUGCUGCACGUUUAAGAAGCGGCGACUGAACCAAAGCACCUGCACCAACUACGACACGCCGCUCUGGCUCAACACCGGCAAGCCCCCUGCUCGCAAGGACGACCCCUUGCAUGACCCCACCAAGGACAAGACCAACCUGAUCGUCUACAUCAUCUGCGGGGUGGUGGCCGUCAUGGUGCUCGUGGGCAUCUUCACCAAGCUGGGGCUGGAGAAAGCGCACCGGCCCCAAAGGGAGCACAUGUCCAGGGCCCUUGCGGAUGUCAUGAGGCCACAGGGCCACUGCAACACUGAUCACAUGGAGAGAGACCUAAACAUUGUUGUCCACGUCCAGCAUUAUGAGAACAUGGACACGAGAACCCCCAUAAAUAAUCUUCAUGCCACCCAGAUGAACAACGCAGUGCCCACCUCUCCUCUGCUCCAGCAGAUGGGCCAUCCACAUUCGUACCCAAACCUGGGCCAGAUCUCCAACCCCUAUGAACAGCAGCCACCAGGAAAAGAGCUCAACAAGUACGCCUCCUUAAAGGCAGUCGGAAGUUCUGAUGGUGACUGGGCAAUAUCGACACUUAAGUCACCAAAAGCUGACAAGGUCAAUGACGACUUCUACACCAAGCGACGGCACCUGGCUGAGCUGGCUGCCAAGGGGAACUUACCUCUGCACCCCAUAAGAGUUGAGGACGAGCCCCGGGCCUUCAGCCCUGAGCACGGUCCUGCCAAGCAGAAUGGACAGAAGUCCCGCACCAACAAGAUGCCCCCACAUCCCCUGGCCUACAACUCCACCACCAACUUUAAGGGCUGGGACCCCAACGAGCAGUCCCUCCGGCGGCAGGCUUACAGCAACAAGGGCAAGCUUGGCACGGCCGAGACAGGCUCCAGCGACCCCUUGGGAACUCGCCCCCAGCACUACCCACCCCCACAGCCAUACUUCAUCACCAACAGCAAAACAGAAGUGACUGUCUGAGCUUUCACCACAGGGAGCACCCUGGAGACCACACUCAACUGAGAGAGGCAAAAAACAACCCCGCCCACACCUUCCCCAUUCUCCCCUAAUACAUGCGUCCACACACUCACUCUCGACAAGAACCAACUCUAAACCUACUGGGGACACAGAGUCACGCUUUUCCUAGGUCAUGCCUAUAACGUGUCGGCGGGCAGCUGAGAAAGACCGAAGCAUGGACAUUCAGCAAUAUAGCAAAGGGGAAAAUGAGGCACACUCUUUCCACUUCAGGCCCAAGAUGGCCAAAUCACAUGCCCAAACCGUGGGGCUGAGUUUUCUUUUCCUCCUAACUUGAAACUGAAAUCCAUGAUGACAAAAUAUAAAAGUAGCACAAUUUAGAGAAAUUGUCCAUUUGAGCACAUACACUACUUGCCACGUGCUGUCUGUUUCUAGGUUCGAAAGCCAGGGUGGAAAUGGGGGUAGAGAAUGAGGGAGGACACAACAGAAGAGUGCAUUCUGGAAGAGGAGUUGUUCUGGGAGGAAUUUGCCUACGUUAGAAGCAUUUUUUCUAAUUCCAAGAAGUGGUGUCGUGGACGUAAAAUUUUGACGAGCGUGAAACAGUAACUGGACCCCAACCAUUCUAUUUAUAGUACUUUUCAUACCAUCCAUGUUGAAAGCAAAAAACAACACACCCUCAAACUCACAAAAAGUAAAUAGACCCUGAACCCACCGACAAUGAUGGGAAGGAAAAAAACAAAAACAAAAAACAUUUUAGAGAACUCCCAUAAGGACCAUGACAGUAGAAAUGGGAGGGAUGGGCUUUUAUGGAGAGGGUCCGGACAGUAUCAAAUAACUUUUUAAAAAGAGAAUUAAAAUAUAAGCCCACUACAAAACAGAUAAAAACGGCAAAUUAGGUUUUUUUUUUUUCCAAGAUCUUGAAGACUUGUUGUUGACAUUAACAACAACAAAUCUACAGCUGGAAAAGUCCACAGGAGAUCA